AACAACCCCACAGCUCAAAUUGCACCUUCUCCUUAUUUUGAAUGCAUUUUGAUCUCAACAGAGGAAAAACGAGCCAAAAUUCAUCCUUUUCUGCUUUUAUUUUUAAUGCCAAGCUCCUACAUUUAUCAUUUUUCAAUUCCACGGACCUAGAUUAAAAGCAGGAGGAAAAGCUAGGUGAUGAAAUAUGAAGAAAUCAUAAUUAAAAAUCAAUGAGGUUUUGGGUUUUUUCUUCCUAAAGGGGAUUUCAGGGGGUCCCACGGGUGCAGUGCUGGAGAAGCGUGUGGGGCUGCCACGCACACCUGGUUUGGGGGCUCCGUGCAGAAGAAGCUGCCGGGCUGAGUCUCCAGGCGCUGCCACAGCAGAUGCUCUUUGACAGCCAUCGGCAAGACGUCUGCGCCGAGACAGGGAAGAACCUCCUGGGGUGAAACCAGCCCUACCACCAAGAGGUGACUGUGCGUGGAAAGGGGGAGCUGGCACAAAACCCCUCCGUCGUUGACUCCACCACCAUGGCCCGGCCAUGGCUCCAUCUCUGCAUCUGCCUCCAGAUCCCAGGUUUCUGUACAAAUCUACUUUUAGUGCAGACUCCAGAGAAUAUUUUAGCCCAAACUAACAGUAAAACAGAAAUCCUCUGUGAGCUGAAGAAGGAACAUACUGGGGUGUACUGGUACCGCUGGAGCCAGGAGAGGCAAAAUUUCGAGUUCUUGGUAUUUUCCAGCUUGUUGGGCAAAGCCACGUAUGGCACAAACAUCAGCCAGGACAAGUUUAGUGUCCAUGGGGGGAGUUCCCACAACUCCUACAGCCUGCACAUCAGCAACCUCCAUGCCUCGGACAAUGGCACCUAUUACUGCUCCGUCUCCCAGUCCUCCCAGCUCCUCCUGGGCAGCAGGACACGUCUCGGUGUGGUUGAUGUUUUGCCUCUGCCUCGGAAGACCACUCGGGCACCAUUCUCCAAAAAACCCGUGCGGUGUGUAACGAAAAGAAAAGCUUACAGCAAGAAAGGUGCCUGCAGCCCCCUGGUCUGGGUCCCGCUGGCUGCCAGCAUCCUGGUCCUCCUGCUGAGCCUGGUCCCCACCGCCCACCGCUUCUACCGUCUGCGGCGGAGGCUCUGGCUUCGCAUCCACAGGCAGUAAAUCCCACCAGCUCCCCCUACCUCGGGCAGGCACAGAGACGCGGCCGACCCUCCCCUGCAGGACGCUGAGCCUGAACGGGACCCCCGAAGGAAGUUACAGGGGACAGAUGUGGGCUUGCACUGCAAGACAGAAGUUUCUUUCCUGUGAUGGACCACAAAUUUAAUAUUUUUUCGUGAUACAAUGGCUGGCAAAAGGACAGGGGCGGAUCCUGCAGCAUGCUGAGCACUUCUCAAAGGGCACUGAGCAGGGUCAACACUGCGUCCAGCUCUGCACCGGGGCUGCUGUACCAAAGGGAUUCAGAUGGGCUGUAAGGAUGCUCUGAGAGCUUCUUGUCUCUCCUCUCUGUUCGUCCAUGGGGCAGCACAUGGGUGCUUUUGGUUUGCUCCUGCUGAUGCUGGUUGAUAAGACUUUGGUAACGGACAGUCUGAGAGCAACCGGCAGACAGC